AUGACAUUUAAACUCAGUGCUUCCAUGCUCGUAACCUUACUGGUUCUUGUUCCUGUUUGUGAAAAUUCUGCAUGCAGACCACAAGGACAUUUUCAAUUUAAUGAGUUAUAUAAACCUGGAGAUGUGAUUUUAGGGGGAAUAUUUGCAGUGCAUUUUAAAGCAAUAGCACCAGAACUGUCUUUUAGGACAAAACCUGAACAAUGGAAAUGCGAAAGUUUUGAUAUCAAUGUCUUUCAAAGGGCACAGGUCAUGGCAUUUGCAAUUGAAGAAAUAAACAACGAUCCAGCCCUUCUUCCUAAUGUAUCGCUGGGUUACAGACUAUAUGAUGACUGUAUGAAUCUGCAGGUGUCUCUCAGAGCGGCACUGGCUCUAAUCGGAGGUCUGGGGGAUGUUAGAGCUGAUUCUGACUGCAAAGGACGCCCUCCUGUUGUUGCCAUUGUUGGAGAACCUUUAUCAACUCAUUCUAUUGCUGUUUCAAGAACUGUGGGUGUAUUCAGCAUGCCUAUGAUCAGUUUUUGUGCCUCCUGCUCCUGCUUAAGCAAUAAGCUGGAGUUCCCUUCAUUCCUUCGCACUGCCCCAAGUGAUGCCUUUCAGAUCAAAGUAAUGGCUGAAAUUAUCAAGCAUUACAGAUGGACCUGGGUGGGCACUGUUGGAACUGAUGAUGACUAUGGACGUUAUGAACUGAGAAGUUUGAACCAAGAACUUGAGUCCUUUGGCUGUAUUGCUUUCUCAGAAGCCCUCAAUGUCAAUGAAAAAGGAAAGCUGCUCAAUGUAGUGAAGAUCAUAAAGCAGUCCAGUGCCAAAAUCAUAGUGGUGUUUCUAACCAAGAUGGAUGCAGAUGUGUUUAUCACAGAAAUUGUGAGACAAAAUAUUACCGGCAGGCAGUGGAUAGCUAGUGACUCCUGGAGUCCUUUUCCUAUAUUUGCAAGCAAUGAGAACUUUAAAUCAUUUGGUGGCACGAUAGGUAUCAUUCCAAGAAGAGGGGUUAUCCCUGGACUGGAAACGUUUCUACUUCAACUUCGUCCUGAUGCCGAUCCCAGUCACAUUUUGUACAAGCAGUUCUGGGAAGCAAUGUUUGAAUGUAAAUUCUCUUCAAACUUAUCAGUUCUAGCAAACAGCAGAAUGUGCACUGGGUCAGAGGACCUUGGCAGUACAAAGACAGAAUACAGCGAUGUUUCCCAGUUAAGAGGCUCUUAUAACGUGUAUACAGCAGUGUAUGCAGUAGCACAUGCACUUCACAGCUUAAUGUCAUGUGAAAAUGGAAAAGGGCCUUUUCAAAAUGAUUCUUGUGCAGAUGUGGCAACUAUGCAGCCCUGGCAGCUUCUGCAUUACCUCAAGAAGGUCAACUUCAUAACCAAUACGGGGGACAGAGUAGCUUUUGAUGAGAAUGGGGAUCCAGUUGCUGUUUUUGAUGUUAUAAACUGGCAGAAAAAUGCAGAAGGAAAAGUAAUUAGCAAAACCAUUGGAGUGUUUGAUGAAUCCGCUGCAUUGGGGCAUCAACUUUCCCUCAAGGAAGAGGACAUAUUUUGGAACUUUGAAUUUGGAACAAUUCCUGAAUCUGUGUGCAGUAAGAGCUGUCUACCUGGAACAAGAAAGGCUACCAGGAAAGGAGAGCCAAUUUGCUGCUUUGAUUGCGUGACAUGUGCUGAAGGAGAGUUCACAGAUGAGAUAGACUCAGUUGAAUGCCAGGCAUGUCCUCCUGAUUUCUGGUCCAGUCCCAAGAGAAAUAAGUGUGAUCCGAAAGAUGUUGAGUUUUUAUCAUACGAAGAUGGCAUGGGAAUUACUCUGACAGCAACAGCUUUGUCUGGAGUCUGGUUAUCUGUUGGUGUUUUAGCAGUUUUUAUUUACUACCGAAGAACUCCUGUUGUUAAGGCCAACAACUCUGAGCUCAGUUUUCUUUUGUUGGUGUCGUUAAUUCUAUGUUUCCUCUGUUCUUUGUGUUUUAUAGGAAAGCCCUCACCGUUGACCUGUAUGUUGAGGCAUGUAGUGUUUGGAAUCAGUUUUGUUUUAUGUAUUUCUUGUAUCCUUGUGAAGACAAUUGUUGUACUAAUGGCAUUCAAGGCUGCACUGCCUGGUAAUAACAUGAUGAAAUGGUUUGGUGCUACCCAGCAAAGAGGCACAGUCUUUGCUCUUAGUUUUGUUCAAUUUCUCAUAUGCAUUGUAUGGUUAGUUUCAGCUCCUCCUGUUCCAGCGAAAAACACAAGAUAUAAUAAUGCCAAAAUUAUCUUUGAGUGUGAUAUUGGAUCAGUCACAGGAUUUAGCUGCCUGCUGGGAUACAUUGGCUUACUGGCUUGUGUUUCCUUUUUGCUAGCUUUUCUCGCAAGACGCCUACCAGACACCUUCAAUGAGGCCAAAUUCAUUACUUUCAGCAUGCUUAUCUUCUGCGCAGUAUGGAUUACGUUCAUACCUGCUUACGUCAGCUCACCGGGGAAGCACACAGUGGCUGUGGAGAUCUUUGCUAUUCUGGCAUCAAGUUUUGGAGUUCUUGUUGCAAUAUUUGGUCCAAAAUGUUACAUUAUUUUGCUAAGACCAGAGCUAAACACUAAAAAAGCUCUGAUGGGAAGAGAUAUUGUGAAAAACCAAUAA